CGUGCGUGUCUUUGUCUCCCCGUCCACGUGUGAGCUGUGAGUGUGUGAGUCAGAGUUCGGGUGCUCGUGGGUCUCCCUGGCGGCGCCCAGCGCUCAGCCGAACCUCGCCCCGCCGCGGCGCGCGCCGGCCCCUCGCCGCACUUGGCCGUGUGUCUGUCCGCCGGCGCGUGCGGGGCCUGGAGAGGCACGCUGCAGCCCUGUCUGCCUCCCGCUGCCUGGCUCGCUGGCUCUCUCGCUCGCUCGCUCGCUCGCUCUUGCCUCUGCGCUCCGGCUCAGCCGAAGGGGGCGGGGUGGGGUGCAGGGGCGGGGGGAGGGGAGGCUCCUGCAUUCUUGCGGUCGGGGAGGAAUCUGAGCCAGCGUUACUGGUCUCCAGAAGAGCCCAGCUGCAGCCCCGGGGCCCCGCCAGGCCUCUCGCUGCCCGCCUGGGCCUGCUGGGAUGGGCACGGGCUAGGCCUCGAGCUGGGGGCGGGGCGGGGCGGGGCGGGGCAUGGCCCCCACCCCACCCCGGCCCCCUUGAAGGCUGGGGGCGCCCUGGGGCCUGGCGCCGGGCUAGCAGCCGGGCUUGAGGGGUUCCCCACCUUGGGGGAGGGGCGUGCCAGGGGGCGGGAGUCCCCUAGGGGACCAGGGCAGACCUCCCGGCCGCCCCACACGGGCACCUUGGCAAUUCCGUUUAGUGAAUUCUGCCUCUGCAGCCCGGGGGAUGGGGGUGGGGGUCUAGCUAGAGACUGCAGGCACCCUGAGGGUCGAGGGAGGGAGGGAUGGGGAUUGGACUGGCCUCUAGGAUUGAGACCCCACCUCGUAGUCCUCCCUUUCCAUUCCCACCCUACCCUAUCCAGUUCCCUAGUCCCAGGGCUGUUGGGUCCUCCCUCCUCCCCUCCCCUUUUUCCACCCCCUCCCCAAGUCACAAGUUUUCUCUUUGGGGCUUGUUGCUGCAGUCCGUGCUCCAGUACCGAGUACCUGGCUGGGCCCUGGGCACGCACAGGGGCCGUAGCCCCACUGUGUGUGGCAGCCAUGAGGAUCCUGGCUAACAAGGCAAGGUUACCCCACCCCAGGAGAAGAGAAGCUCCAGGGAGCCCGCCGCUGUCCCCACGCGGCCACUGCCCCCCUGCCCCAGCCAAGCCAAUGCACUCAGAAAAUAAGUUGACCAAUCAUGGCAAGACAGGGAAUGGCGGGGCCCAGUCUCAGCACCAGAAUGUGAACCAAGGACCCACCUGCAACCUGGGCUCCAAGGGCGUGGGGGCGGGGAACCAUGGGCCCAAGGCCAACCAGAUCUCACCUAGCAACUCAAAUCUGAAGAACCCCCAGGCAGGGGUGCCCCCUUUCAGCUCGCUCAAGGGCAAAGUGAAGAGGGAGCGGAGCGUGUCUGUAGACUCUGGAGAGCAGCGAGAGGCUGGAACCCCAUCCCUGGAUUCAGAGGCCAAAGAGGUGGCACCCCGGAGUAAGCGGCGCUGUGUGCUGGAGCGGAAGCAGCCAUACAGUGGGGACGAAUGGUGCUCAGGACCCGACAGCGAGGAGGACGACAAGCCCCUUGGGGCCACCCACAAUUGUAAUGUAGCAGACCCAGCCAUGGCGGCCCCACAGCUGGGUCCUGGCCAAGCCACUCAACUGCCCCUCAACGAGAGCAGCGCGCCGGGCCCCCCGCAUGGGCCGCCCCCAGGCCUUCGGCCCGAUGCCCCUGGGAGUGGGGCCGGAGGGGUCCCAGGAAAGCCUCCCUCACAGUUUAUGUAUGUCUUCACCACCCACCUGGCCAACACGGCCGCGGAGGCAGUGCUGCAGGGCCGGGCCGACUCCAUCCUUGCCUACCACCAGCAGAAUGUGCCGAGGGCCAAGCUGGACCAGGCCCCCAAAGUGCCGCCGCCCCCAGACCCGCUGCCCCUGGGCACACCAUCAGCAGGUACCCCACAGUCCCAGCCGCCUCCGCUGCCGCCACCUCCAGCCCCAGGCAGUGCCCCCCCGGCUCUGCCUUCUGAGGGGCCUCCUGAGGACACCAGUCAGGAUCUGACCCCCAACUCCGUGGGAGCUGCCAGCACGGGCGGCGGGACCGGGGGCACCCACCCCAACACUCCCACCGCCGCCACCGCCACCAAUCCGCUGCCUCCUGGAGGAGACCCCAGCAGUGCCCCCGGCCCUGCCCUGCUGGGGGAGGCGGCCCCCACCGGGAACGGGCAGCGCAGCCUGGUGGGCUCUGAGGGCCUGUCCAAGGAGCAGCUGGAGCAUCGGGAGCGCUCCCUGCAGACCCUGCGGGACAUCGAGCGACUGCUGCUGCGCAGUGGGGAGACUGAGCCCUUCCUCAAGGGGCCACCGGGAGGAGCAGGAGAGGGGGGGCCACCAGCACAAGCCCCUCCUGCCCCCCAGCAGCCCCCCACGGCCCCACCCGGUGGACUGAAGAAGUAUGAGGAGCCGCUCCAGUCCAUGAUCUCACAGACACAGAGCCUUGGGGGCCCCCCGCUGGAGCAUGAAGUGCCUGGGCACCCCCCGGGUGGGGACAUGGGGCAGCAGAUGAACAUGAUGAUGCAGAGGUUGGGCCAGGACAGCCUGACACCCGAGCAGGUGGCAUGGCGCAAGCUGCAGGAAGAAUACUAUGAGGAGAAGCGGCGGAAGGAGGAACAGAUCGGGCUGCAUGGGGGCCGCCCUCUGCAGGACAUGAUGAGCAUGGGGGGCAUGAUGGUGAGGGGGCCACCACCUCCCUACCACAGCAAGCCUGGGGAUCAGUGGCCCCCUGGAAUGGGUGCCCAGCUGCGGGGGCCCAUGGAUGUCCAGGAUCCCAUGCAACUGCGGGGUGGACCUCCCUUCCCCGGCCCCCGUUUCCCAGGCAACCAGAUGCAACGGGUUCCUGGGUUUGGGGGCAUGCAGGGUAUGCCCAUGGAGGUGCCCAUGAAUGCCAUGCAGAGGCCUGCGAGGCCAGGCAUGGGCUGGACUGAAGACUUGCCCCCCAUGGGUGGGCCCAGCAAUUUUGCCCAGAACACGGUGCCCUAUCCAAGUGGGCAGGGCGAAGCUGAGCGAUUCAUGACCCCUCGGGUCCGUGAGGAGCUGCUGCGGCAACAGUUGCUGGAGAAGCGGCCGAUGGGCAUGCAGCGUCCCCUGGGCAUGGCAGGCGCUGGCAUGGGGCAGGGCAUGGAGAUGGAGCGGAUGAUACAGGCGCACCGGCAGAUGGAGCCAGCUGUGUUUCCUGGGCAGAUGGCUGGUGGCGAGGGCCUGGCAGGCACUCCCAUGGGCAUGGACUUUGGUGGAGGCCGGGGCCUCCUGAGUCCCCCCAUGGGGCAGUCUGGGCUGAGGGAAGUGGACCCGCCCAUGGGGCCAGGCAACCUCAACAUGAACAUGAAUGUGAACAUGAACAUGAACAUGAACCUGAAUGUGCAGAUGACCCCGCAGCAGCAGAUGCUAAUGUCCCAGAAGAUGCGGGGCCCCGGGGAUAUGAUGGGCCCGCAGGGCCUCAGUCCCGAGGAGAUGGCCCGGGUUCGGGCCCAGAACAACAGUGGCAUGAUGGGCGGCCCGCAGAAGAUGCUUAUGACUUCGCAGUUCCCCAGCCAGGGCCAGCAGGGUUUCUCUGGGAGCCAGGGGCCCUACCAAGCCAUGCCCCAGGACAUGGGCAAUACCCAGGACAUGUUCAGCCCUGACCAGAGUUCAAUGCCCAUGGGCAAUGUGGGCACCACCCGGCUGAGCCACAUGCCUCUGCCCCCCGCCUCCAAUCCUCCUCCCGGGUCGGUGCACUCUGCCCCCAGUCGGGGGGCCCUGGGCAGACGGCCGUCAGACCUCAGCAUCAGUAUUAAUCAGAUGGGCUCACCGGGCAUGGGGCACCUGAAGUCGCCCACCCUUAGCCAGGUGCACUCGCCUUUGGUCACCUCACCCUCCGCCAACCUCAAGUCACCCCAGACUCCCUCACAGAUGGUGCCCUUGCCUUCGGCCAACCCGCCAGGACCCCUCAAGUCUCCCCAGGUCCUCAGCUCCUCCCUCAGCGUUCGUUCUCCCACGGGCUCGCCCAGCAGACUCAAGUCUCCCUCCAUGGCGGUGCCUUCUCCAGGCUGGGUCGCCUCGCCCAAGACAGCCAUGCCCAGCCCUGGGGUCCCCCAGAACAAGCAGCCGCCUCUCAGCAUGAGCUCUUCCACUGCCCUGGCCAACAUAGAGCAGGGUGCCCUUCCGCCCAGCGGCCCCCGGAGCAGCUCCUCUGCACCUCCUGCCAACCCUCCGGGUGGCCUCAUGAACCCCAGCCUGCCCUUCACGUCCUCCCCGGACCCCACGCCUUCCCAGAACCCCCUGUCACUGAUGAUGUCCCAGAUGUCCAAGUACGCCAUGCCCAGCUCCACCCCGCUGUACCACAACGCCAUCAAGACCAUCGCCACCUCAGACGACGAGCUGCUGCCUGACCGGCCCCUGCUGCCCCCGCCGCCGCCGCCAGGCUCCGGGCCAGGGAUCAGCAAUAACCAGCCCAACCAGAUGCACCUGAACUCAGCUGCUGCCCAGAGCCCCAUGGGCAUGAACCUGCCAGGCCAGCAGCCCCUUUCCCAUGAACCCCCGCCUACCAUGUUGCCCUCCCCCACCCCUCUGGGCUCCAACAUUCCACUGCACCCCAAUGCACAAGGGACAGGAGGGCCCCCUCAAAACUCAAUGAUGAUGGCUCCUGGGGGCCCAGACUCCCUGAACCCCCCCUGCGGCCCUGUGCCCGGCUCCUCCCAGAUGAUGCCCUUCCCCCCUAGGCUGCAGCAGCCCCAUGGUGCCAUGGCCCCCAGUGGGGGUGCGGGCGGGGGGCCUGGCCUGCAACAGCACUACCCUUCAGGCAUGACCCUGCCCCCAGAGGACCUGCCCAGCCAACCUCCAGGCCCCAUGCCCCCGCAGCAGCACCUGAUGGGCAAAGGCAUGGCUGGUCGCAUGGGGGACGCAUACCCCCCAGGUGUGCUGCCUGGCGUGGCCUCCGUGCUGAACGACCCUGAGCUGAGCGAGGUCAUCCGGCCCACCCCGACGGGGAUCCCUGAGUUCGACUUGUCGAGGAUCAUCCCCUCUGAGAAGCCAAGCAGCACCCUGCAGUACUUCCCCAAGACCGAGAACCAGCCCCCCAAGGCUCAGCCCCCCAAUCUGCAUCUCAUGAACCUGCAGAACAUGAUGGCGGAGCAGACCCCCUCACGGCCACCCAACCUCCCGGGCCAGCAGGGUGUCCAGCGGGGGCUCAACAUGUCCAUGUGCCACCCCGGACAGAUGUCCUUGCUGGGCAGGACAGGCGUGCCCCCACAGCAGGGCAUGGUGCCCCACGGCCUGCACCAGGGGGUCAUGUCCCCUCCACAAGGCCUCAUGACCCAGCAGAAUUUCAUGCUGAUGAAGCAGCGGGGCGUGGGGGCCGAGGUCUACAGCCAGCCCCCCCACAUGCUGUCCCCCCAGGGCUCCCUCAUGGGCCCUCCGCCCCAGCAGAGCCUCAUGGUGUCCCACCCACUGCGGCAGCGCAGCGUGUCUCUGGACAGCCAGAUGGGCUACCUCCCGGCGCCGGGCAGCAUGGCCAAUCUGCCCUUCUAGCGUUCCCUGUGGGGGCUGGAGCUGGGGCCACACCGCCAAUACGAUAACCUUAAGAAGUUUUUUCCCUCCAGUGUUGGGAUGGCCUGGGUCAAGGGUGGGGGCGGAGGGGGUGGGAGGGGGCUUGUGUGGGGUGUGGCAUUUGUGGAAACCAGAUAUGCUGGCAGCUUAGGGAGAAGUGGCAGAGUGGGGUGGGGGGUUUUGGAUUGGGGUUUGUUCCAUUUCAGCCACCAGGACUGCCCCUCCCCCACGCCUUCCAGAUCCUACAGAGCCUCCAUUUUCCCUCUCCCUGCACCCACCUUGCUCUGCUCUGCUCUGCAGUCCUUGGGGGAGAGAGGAAGGCGAGGAGAGGGUUCCCCGCCAUCCCUUUCCGCCACUGUCUCCUCUCUGCUCGUCAUGCUAGCUGCACAUUCCUGCUCUUGGUUCCUCUGCUCCCACUCACUUCCCCUUCUGUCUUUUCCAGCCUCUUUCCCCUCUCUGAUGAUGUGGCUGAACCCCUCUCCCACCCCUCCCUGCAGGCGGCUGGCCAGGUGGGCAGGUGCCAGCCACAGCUGUAAAUAGAGCGCUGCGCUUCUGUGCCGGUUUGUGUGUGUGUUGUAUUUCUGUGUUUUGAUAGAAAUCACACAAGAAAAAAGGAUAAAAGAAACCCUUCCCCCUCCCCUUCUUCAAAAUGAUUGCCCUUCCAUUCCUCUGGACCCAGGGACGCGCAGGCCAGCACCCCUUCCCCUGUUUGCAGUGCCUCUGGGUCUCCCCAAAGGACACCAUUCCGUUCCCCUCUCGAGUGAUGAGAUGACAGAGAUGCUCCACACCUGAGGCCAGGCCACCUGGGCGUCCACCCGGAGAGCCCCAGCGGGGCGGGGCCUGGGCUGCAGCCUGGCCAUUGUUAAGAGCGUGCGCAUGUGCACACGUGUGUGCCCUGCAGAUGACCUGGGCCCUGACUUCCCGGAUGUGGAUGUCUGGUGUCCCCUGCUGCUAUGUGUUAGCCAGAACUUGAGGUCUUUGGUCCCCAGCCUGAGAGGAAGGACCGGAAGAAGGGGCGGAGCCUGUAUGCCCCCCACCUCCCAGUGGAGCCUGGGGAGAGUGGCAGGGUCCUGAAGUAGCCCGGGGCCGGUCACCCCUACUCUUUUCAGGGGCUGCCACCCCCUUGUCACCACAGGAGGGAGAAGGUUUGGCCGUUUGUCCCUCCAGCCUCUACUCCCUGAGGAUGAAUCAGAGAAAGUGCAGGAGGGGAGCAGGGGGCCUUUCUUCCCCCUCCUCUGCCUGCCUGCUCACCCACUGUCCCUCUGCCGAGGGCUCAGAGCUCUGUGCCCGUCCAGGCACAGCCACUGCCUCCCCUUCAGGCCCCCCGCUCUGCCCCAGAAGAGCCCCCCACCCGCCUCUGGUCAGAACCGAAGCCAUACACGACUGGGUGUUUUGCCUUCCUUGGCCCCAGGAGUAAAACACUUCUCCUUUUCUCAUUUCCUCCUGCCUGGUGAGGUGGCAGCGCAGUUCCCGGCUGAGGCUUUCCGUGCCCGCCUCCAGGGCCAGGGCCAGGGUGUUCUUCUGCCGAGGCCCUGUCCCCAGCCUUCCUGACCUGCAGGGCCUGGUCUCGCACGGGCAGCUGUGAUACAAGGGACCUGCCCCCACUUCUCCCGGUCUGGUGCUGUCUUCAGUCCACCGCCAGCAGGCUGAGUGCCUCCUCUGGGGCUGGCCUCGGGCUCCUGCCUCCCCCAGCACCCCCAGGGCCAGGGCCUGGCCUCCGUUCUGCCAGGCGCUUUGCCCAUCCAGCCUCAGCCUGCACCCUGUGCCCAUGAGCCCCCCACCCGUGGCCCAAAGCUCCCCAAACUGACUCUGAAGUGUUUCCUGCCCAGAGGAGAGGGGUCAGGCAGUGAGGGCCCGCUCCUCCCACCUCCGCCACAGUCUCGCUUUCCAAGGUAAACUCCACAGGCCAGCCAACUUACUCCCUCCAUCCAUGGCCAUACCCCCAGCCAUUUUGUACCAUUAUAUAAAUAUAUAUAUAAAUAUAAAUAUAUAAAUACACUAUGUGAAGACAUCUUUUUGGUUUUUAUUUUGAAACAAUUUUUAGGCUUGUUCCGGGGGUCUCUGUGCUGCCUGUACUGUAUUGACCUGUUUUAUAGGUGCCUUUUUAUUAAAAAGAGAAAAUUAAAAAUCCAACCUCUCCUCUUUUUUUUCCGCUUGUCCCUGG